AUGUCCAUGUUCCGCACUGGCAGCGGCAGCACGAGUGAGCGCAAGGCAUCGCGAGGAUGUUACGCAGUCGCUAUAGGCCGCAAACCUGGCAUAUACGCAGAGUGGCCCUCGCGUUCGAACUCAACAUCCGCGAGGUCUGCCUGCGAAGCCCAGGUCCUAAACUUCAUGGGAGGCAAAUACAGGAAGUUUCUCGAGCUCAAGGAUGCCGAGGCCUGGCUCCGAAAGAACAAUCCAUCUGCUCCUCUCACUCUCCGACAAGGGCCAUCCGACUCUAUCUCCUCUCACCUCGCCGCUGCUCCAGCACCGUCCAUACCGUCGAAUGUACCCCCAACCUCACACUCGGCAGACUUUUCAAGCAUCUCAGCAACCUUUGGUGAUCUAUACGGAUGGAUCGAGCAGAGGGAACGGGACGGCCGGAUCGAGAGCGGUAACCUUGCUGAGCGGUGUCCCGGGCCUCAAACGAACAACUCUGCGGAGCUGAAUGCGAUCAUCCGUGCUCUUGAGACUGCGCCAAAUGACCGACCGCUGAUCAUCAAGUCAGACUCGGACUACAGCAUCAAAAGUCUCACUGUCUACCUCGCAAACUGGAAGAACAAUGGGUGGAGGACCGCAGGUGGCCAGCCCGUGAAGAAUCUAAACCUCAUCAAGUACGCCGACAUCUUGAUCACGGAAAGACGUCGCGUGUACCAGCAAUCCAUCGAGCUCUUCAAAGUUGCUGGACACUCCGGCGAAAUGGGCAAUGAAGGCGCGGAUGCGCUCGCGAACGCCGGGGCCGUGAAGCCGAAGUACCAGACCGCGACUGGGAAGGCCUGA